ACAACUCUGACCUACUGCCUAGAAGGAUGGUCUGAUAAAACUUUAAUGGAUUUACUUGCAAACGCAGAUGUAGGCCAUGGUCUCAAAUUGAAAUAAUAUUCUGGUGAGAAAACUGAAAUAACACAUGACAAUAACAUGAAACAAAAAAGAAUAAUGAAACGACCAUUUGAAACAGAUGAUUGUCUGCGUGAUGAUGGCUUCCUGGAAAGUGACCGUACCACUGAUCCUGAUAAAGGUGAUUGCUGCUCAUUCUUGAUCUGUGAUGGAAUCCUCAACAAGACUGGCUACAGAGUAUCGUGUAUGGGAGGAACCGUCUGGAACUAUGUGCUGAAAGUGUGUGACGAUCCAAAAUACUUCCCUUCUUGCAAUCCAUCAGACUGCAACGUUCCAAGCAGAACAACUGAACUUUGUGGAGCUUUGAAUUCAGAUCAGUGCUGUGUUCAUGGUCGCCAACCGAUUUACACCGCUGUCUCUGGCAGUGAUUCCAAGUACAUCGUAGCAGGGGAACGGAAAGAGAACCAAUGUCCACAGGGUGAAGUGUUUAACUUAGAAGAUUGUUGCUGUGAAUCUAUCGAGCCAAGAAUCCCGUUAUGCUCAGAUGAGACUGACAACUACCAUCGAGUACCCGGAUCUGACGCUGAUGUUCCCUCUGAGGAUUACUGUUGUUACUAUGCACAGUGUUUCGCCAAUGGCACCGGGUAUGAUAAGGUAAAAUGUAUGCCACCAAGUGUUUGGAACAACGAUCCUGAUGUUAAAUCUUGCGACCUUCCAGUAAAUGUACCAGAAUGCAUGCAAUUCUUUUGCGGUGCUGAAACAACUGAUCCUCCUUGUGAGGGAGUCUCGGGGCCCGGAGGGAGUUGCUGUCAGGCAGGGGUCUGGUAUGGUGCUGUCCCUGGUUCAGAUGGACAACAGUAUAUGAUAACUCAACUUCCAGAUGGUUCUGACUGGUCCUUAGACACAAGCAGAGUCCUGUGUUGUUCUGAAGAUUUUGAGGGCAACCAGUUGAUUUUCAAUGAUGAUCCGGACUCGUGUUGUUGUGAAUUACCAACUGUACCAUAAUGUUAUCACCAAUCUUGGAAGAAUAAGAAAUAAAACAUAACACAUUGUAACAUGUAACGGGAAUUAAACGUUGAUAAAAAUAAUGUUCAUGGCUUCAGUCCCUAAUAGUAAACAUAAAAUAUGUGUAGAUGAAACAUCUCCCAAGUUUAUUUCAUCUUUCUAGUUACAUUUUGCAUAAUCUUUUAUUUCAUCUGAGCACUGUUAUAUAUUAUCUGUAUCUCAAAAUUGUUCCUAAUCAAGCUAAAGUAGUUCCUCCUUUUUAA